ACGCGUGCGUCACGUUGACACACAGCCGAGCUUUGGCGCUAUUCGCGUCCGUUCAAGACCAGAGUGAAUUGGCAUUUUGCACGAGCACACGGUUUUCGCUCCGCCGCCGGUCACCGCCCGUCGUCCCGUGUCUUUUCGUCCGUGGUACCAUCCGGUUACCGUCGUCGUCGUUUCUUCUUCCAUUUAUUUAUUUAUUUAUUUUUUUAUCCAUUUUCAUUUUUUUCUUCUUGAUUUUAUUCCGCGUCUAUUUCUAAUCGCCGUAUAGUGCGCGUCCAUCGUCCGUGGGGUCAUGUUUUUACCGUUCGUGUGUGCGUGAAUGCAGAUGAUCACCGACUUCUAGAGGAUUCUACGGUCUCGGAUUCCUCGGGCCAAAGGAUUUACGGAAUAAUCUCAAGUUAUCGAUUUAUCGCGUGAAUAUCGCGGUAAUACGGUUGGCCGCCGCCGGAUUUUCAAAUUUUUUUUCGUUUACAAGUGCGUGUUACGAUUGGUCGAUUUUCUAGUGGAAUUCCGACCGCGACGAAGGAAUCCACCGCCGUCGCUGUAGUGGUUUUCGAUAAUGUCAAACGCUUAAACAAGUAUCGUCACAAUACGAACAAAAAAUAUGGGAACAAUAUUUGGUGUUCACAAUCGUCUUCACAUCGCUGCAGGAAUGUUGCUAUCCAGCUACUUGAUUAUAGCUCAGACAUCAUAUAUUCGAAAUGAAAAUACAACUGGUUACAAUGGCAAUACUAUUACGGGUCCCGAAGAAGAGACUGAAAAAAUCAGUCCAUUUUGGUCAUUCAAUGAUUCCGUCGACUUGACGAAAUAUGAACAGUUUGAUCACCAACGUUUCAUCGAGACCGUGUUAGAUCCCGAGCUGGUGCAACCAACUACACCUACGGCACCGAAAACCAAGACGCCUCCGCACGGGAGACGGAGAAACUCCACAAAAUCUCAACAGCCCGUCUCGCCUCCGGUGUUCGAGGGUCCAGCUAUUUCUAAUGUAACGGCUAGAUUAGGCGAGAGCACAUUUCUAUACUGCACGGUCCGCAACCUGGAACAGAGACCGGUUUCAUGGGUUCGUCGCCGAGAUUGGCACAUACUAAGUUCCGGCGUUUUUAUGUAUACCAAUGAUGACAGAUUCCACGUGUUGCAUGCAGACAACGCCGAUAAUUGGGAUUUACAGAUAAAAUAUGUCCAGAAAAGAGAUGCUGGUUCAUAUGAAUGCCAAGUGGCUAUGGGAACAGGGAUUGCAUCACAUUACUUUUAUUUGGAAGUCAUUGUACCAACAGCUCGAAUUUUGGGAACAGAAGAGUAUCAUGUUGGAAAAGGAAGCACCAUUAAUCUUAUAUGCGUGAUAGAAAAUGGUUCUUUAUUAACAAGAAACGUUGUUUGGGUUCAUAAUGGAAUUCCAAUUUAUAAUAUUCCGAACAACAAGAAAGACGAUCCGGGUCCCAUUUCGGUGACUACUGAAGUCAUACAACCCGACAAUACCAUACAGAGUAGGUUGUUUAUUCGAGGGGCAUCUCCGUCGGCGUUGGGAAAUUACACAUGCACGGCACCUAACACUGAACCCGACACGGUUAAUGUCUACGUAAGCGAAGAAGGAGAUAAUAUCGCUGCGAUUCAAAGACAUGGAACUUCGUCGGGUCCGUCUUACGUGUCAAUAUCAAACACUGUAUUUUUGACAUUAAUCGCAUUACAGAGGAUCGUGAAAUUCGUCUGAGUUGGCUAUUUGAUAAAUACACGAUUUUUCACACGUAUAGCUAGAAGUGUAUGAAUAAUCAUGUACUAACAAAAAUUAACAAAUAGCUGGGCAGUCAUAUUACUACUACUAUACUAAUACAAUACACUGAAAUUAUAAUUAAAUAUUUAUGUAACUGUUCUCUUGUAUUAAGUUAAGGUUUCAAUUUUCAUGAACAUAUGUAAAUAAAAAUAAAUGUUAAUUAAGUCGAUAUAUUAUAAA